AGACACCCUCGCCAUCUCGCAUCAUGGCCCAAGCUACUGAUUCCCUUGUCGUCCCGCAAACGCAUUCAGACCCAUCGACCCUUUGCUCGAUGAAUGUGUUCGAGUCCUUAGAGGAGCUAGAGGAGGAGUGGUCUAGACUAGACCCGCUAGCUUCUUGGACGGCACUAGCUAAAGCCCCGAAGGGUGAGAUUUUCGUCAGCGAGGUAGUCGUAGGCGGCCGCAAGGCCGGGGCCUAUUAUGACACUUGCUCGACACGAAACUUUAUUAGUCGCGCGUGCGUUGAGAGGCUGCGUUUACAGGGGCAAGUGCAGCGCCUGAGUCGACCUGUGGAGUCGACAUGUGCCAAUAAACAGCGCAUGGUAGUCAAUGACUACCUUCAGGAUGUAGAAUGCCUGUUCCCGUUCGUGGGAGGGGAGUUGAGGCAUCGUGUCUCAUUCAUAGUGAGCGACGAUCUCCCUAUGGAUAUCUUGUUAGGUAUGUACUACCUCUCUGUGGCACAACCUCAGUUUGACUGGGACCGAAAAGUGGUCAAGCACACUUUGCCAAGUGGAGGGACCGCCAGAUUACACAAGUUCAAAGCUAGUAGUCUGAUCGAUUCCCAUGGAUGCAUGUGUGCGGCCGCGUUCUAUAACUACUAUAAGCAACAUCAGGAGGAGGAUAUGUACUUAGUUUAUGUCUCCGCUGCAGGCGAGCCGGUGAAAAUGUCGUCGGAGAUGGAGGAAGUAGUUGCCAAGUACCCUGAUCUAUUUGAAGCGCCAACAGGGGUUGUUGAUAGGGAGGUCGUCCACACGAUAGAGAUUAUCCCUGGGUCUAGUAUUCCGAAGGGUAGGAUCUAUCGGAUGUCUCCAGGCGAGCUUGAUGAGCUUCGCCGCCAACUCAAGGAACUCAUAGAGAAGGGUUGGAUCCGGUCGAGUGUCUCUCCUUACGGAUCUCCAGUACUAUUCGUACCUAAGAAGAAGGAGGGCACUCUCAGGAUGUGCAUUGACUAUAGGGGCCUCAAUGCCAUCACUGUGAAGAACAGAGAGCCCCUACCGCGCAUCAACGAUCUGUUAGAUAGAGUGCAAGGGUGUAGGCCGGGUGAAAGCUUGUCCAUGGACUUCAUGGAUACCCUGGUCACCAGCAAGAGUGGGAUGAGGCGGAUCUUCGUCAUUGUGGAUAGGUUUAGUAAGUAUGCUAGGUUAAUAGCCAUGUCGGAAACAGCGAAGACCGAGUAUGUAAUCAGGCUGUUCAAAGAGAACUGGGUGAGGGAUUUUGGAUUGCCUAAGUCUAUUGUAAGUGACAGGGACCUCAGAUUUACAAGUGAGUUAUGGAAGGCCGCUGCAGCUGAACAGGGAACUCAACUGCAAAUGACUUCUGAAAACCAUCCAGAAGCAAACGGCCAGGCUGAACAAAUGAACCGCGCUGUUCAACACCUGUUGAGGCAUUACAUUAAGCCCAAUCAGGUGGACUGGGACGAGAAGCUUGCUCUUGUCGCCAGUCUGUACAAUAACGCUGUACACAGCGCUACCGGGGAAGCAGUAGCUGAACGCUUACAAAGGGCUAGCGAAGCGGUAGUAGCAGUCGAGCAAACGCUUGCAGCGACAACAACCACUGUAGCAGCUAUGGCUACUUCAACUGCUACUUCAGCUGCUACAUCUGGUCGGAUGAGCGUAGGCAUGCCGCACACUUUGCAGGCCACAUCCAGCACAGUGGCGUCAAGCAGUUCUUCCAGUCAGAUGGCGGGCUCGCAAUACAACUCACCACCUCCACGCACUAGGGAAGUCAUGGAACUCCAGCAAGUGGAGUUGAUCCGCUUACGGUUAGAGAAGGAACUUAGAGAAGCUACAAAAAGAGAGAACGAGAUUAGAACUAGAAAAGCUAGACUAGAGAAUAGGGAAACAGUCAAAGCUGCAGUAGAAGGGUUAGAUGAGGAUGUCAUUGAUGACAACACGCGGAUCCUCAAGGCAAGUCUCCUGUCCAUGCAUGCAUACAUGGACAACAAACUGGAUGCUAUCCAGGACACCUUUGACCAGAUACUGAGCACCAUGCAGGGAAUGGGAAGAGCUUUCCCUUCUCCAAUAGCGGUGGGAGCUACACAACCGCCGGUCCCACCACAGGGACAACAACAGCCUUGGUACCCCAAGACUCCACUGAAGUCACCCUCAACCUUCUCAGGUGAUAAGAAUGAUGAGGCUCUCGACACUUGGUUGAGAACGGUGCCAGUGUGGGUGAGGGCGAAGAUGACCCUUGUAGAGGAAGAGGUGAUCACUGUCGCAUCCUAUCUGGAAGGUUCGGCACUGCGGUGGUUAGAUGGAUUAGUGGCUUCAAAGGGAUUCGGCAGAAACAUGAGCAAUUGGGCGAAGACCCAUACUUUAGAGAGUUUUAUGGAAUUUUUAGAAGCGCGAUGGCACAGCCCGCAGCAGGCCCUACAGACCACUGACGCGUUGGCCCAAGUUUAUACUACGAGGUACAAGACCGUGUGCGAACUUACCUUUGUCGUAGAGCGUCUCAUUGUGGUCCCUGGAGUACACUAUGAUCCACAGGUCCUAUUGACCAUGUAUUUGAGACGUCCUCCCACAUACAUCAAGAACGUGUUGGUUAGUGAGGCCAACAUCGAGUAUCACACAUUGGAUUCCUUUAGCAAGAGAUCCCUAGACUUAGAGGCUACGCUAGGAGGACCUCAACAACCCCCUACGGACGAAAGAAAGAAGAAGAGUCCACAAGAGUGGAAGAAAAAGGGUAGUCGGUUGAUGAUGGUUGAUUCCGAUGGGAAUCAAACUGAGAUCGAUGAUGUAUCCGACCUUGUGGAUGGUUCAGAGUUGGAUGGCGACGAGAGUGUUGAGGGUAGCAACCUUGCCUCACUGGUAAAGGUUAAGGCAGGCGGCCGUGGCAAGGGCGGCCAACCAAAGAGUCAGGGCCAGACCCAUAACUCUCAACCAAGAUACCAGUUUCGGUGAGGGGGCCAUGCUAAUCUUGCCCUUGGGAAGUUGGGACAUUCAAUAAAAUUGGAAGGAAAAG